CUUUCUUUGUUUUUUUCACUUUAUUACUCUUUCUUUUGAAUGACUGAAACGCAUAAUAAUUUACCUACCUUACAACAGGUACUUACUCGAAAAACACUUCCACCAAUAUGUUUAUACAAUUAUUAUAUAGUCAUGCGGGAUCGAUUACAUAUGGAAGAAGUAUUGGAUUUUUAUUUGGAUGUACAACAUCACGAACAACUUUGGAGACGAUACGUAAGGUCUAUGCACAAAACUGGAAUGUUAUCUGAAGAUGAUUUGGUAGAAGGUUUUCACUCUCCACGUGUAUUAAGUCGUAUAUCACAUCUAUCGAAUGAAACACCAAAACAACAAGAAGAAAACGAAUCAAUGAGACCAGAAACAAUAGAAUCAAAACUUCCUAAUCGACAAGAUGUUAGUGAUUCAGCACAACAUAUCCUAUUACGUUAUUUGGUACCAUCUGCAUCUAAAGAAUUAACACAACUACCUCUAGGGUUAAAGAACGCUACUCGAGCCAUGUUAGAACAAGAAAAACGAGAUGAUCCAGCUGUAUUUGCAGAAGCGAAGGAUUACUUAUUUGAAUUAAUGCAACGACAAGCAUAUCCGAAAUUCCUACGUAUCAAAGUUUGGGGCAAUGUUACUUUAUGGCAACAAUUAGGAAGAUUGAUACUUGGUUUAGUGUCCUUAUUAGCUGGAUUUGCUACUGGAUUUAGUCUCAUCUUUUUGGGUUACUCACCUUGGGGUGUACGAUGGUGGAUUCUCUUACCUUUUUGGAUUGGAAUUUUGAAUGUAUUAGUAUUUUUGACUGGAUUGGAUCCUUUAUGGGUAUUAUUUUUCAAUGCAAGUGAAACGACAACAUUUCAUUUCAAUAAAAUCAAGCAACCUCAAGUUAAAAGGAUUUUAUGGUCUAGAUCUAUUUGGUUAUUGAUUACAAGUUUGAUUGUUUCUGCGGUACUUACUGUCAUAUUUUGUGCUGUUCCUUCAAAAAGAUUAUGAUUCCCUUGUUUAGAUUUUUUUUUUUAAUAUUAUUAUCCUUUUUUCUUUUUUUUUUUUAGUCUUACCUUUUUUUUUCUUUUUACUUCUCAUAUAUCAUUAAUAAACAAGUUAC